AUGGAUCAGUUUCUCUCUCGGAAACGUCUAAGAGACUCCAACUCGCCGAGGCCUCAAGACACCACAACACUUCUUUCAGCCAAAGAAGGGGACUGUGGGAUAGCUAGAGAGGAUGAAUCAACAGAUAUAAAGCUGGCCAUUCUGGCAUCGCUCUUCCCAGAUUUCGAGCAAGAAAUCCUUCUUGAUUCGUUGAUUGACAGUGAAGGAUCGGUCACGACGGCAUGCUCUACCCUAUCAUCCCAGACGCCUCCGCACAGUAAUAAGAAGCGCACAAUUUCUAGAGGCCUAGGCAUACAAAGCUCACUCUCAUCAUUCGGCGUAACAGCGGCAAGCUUAUCAACGCCCAAACUAGGAUCGAAACCUCUCACGAAAAGAGGGCGGACCUUGCACCUCUUCUCCCCUGAGGACAUAUCUAAGUACACUCCUUGCACCAUAAUCCACAACUUCCUCCCCACCAAUGAAGCCAACGAUCUUCUGCGCGAACUCCUCGAAGAAGCCAAAACAUUCCCCAGACAAACUUUCCAACUCUUCGAAAACACGGUCCAGAGUCCCCACUCCGCAGGCUUCUAUGUCGCCAGCGCUGAAGAACUACAUCAACAGAAACACGAAUACUCCUACAAUGGCAGCUAUCGAACAGAUGUCCGGGUAUUAACCCCGGAACUCCGUCGUGUUUCUACAAAAGUCCAACAAGCCGUGAAUGACGAGAUCCGUAAGCGUAUCAAAUCACACUACCCUGGAGGAAAGAAACUAAAAUACCAAUCGACGCGUACAUGGAUCCCCAAUGCGGCAUUUGUGAACUGUUAUGAUGGGCCCUCCGAGAGCGUGGGCUACCACUCGGAUGAACUGACGUAUCUGGGGCCUCGACCCGUCAUUGGUAGUCUAAGUCUAGGCGUGAUGAGGGAGUUCCGGCAAAGAAGAGAGGCCUACGGCAUCUACAUCUACGUCUACAACGCCACAUCAGCCCCACACAGACUAUAA